CUGAUCUCCGAGUUAACUCGCUGUCCAUAUCUCGCCACGUGGAGAACAUAGUCUAACUCAGCACGUUUCAACACAUCACUCAUUAUUAACCGUCAACUGCACACAAAACAUGUACUCCGACGACGGUGUGCGGUGGCCACCAACACCGUUUCAUCCAUGGCGACUCGACUCCAUAAGGGGAUAACCAUCGCAUCUUCUUCUUCACCACUCUCUAUUUCCAAACAUAUACUAAACGAAGCCUCUCUGAUUGCCAUCCUUUGUCCUACCUUCUCCAAGGUCAGGUGCGCUUCGUCUUCGUCAGAUGGCACGUCCGCGACAGCCGGAAAGCCCAAGAAGAAGACGCAGGACCGUCUCUCCGGCGUAAUAGACGCUGUUAAUGACCGGAAACUCCCUCCUGAACUCCGUGGCCAACGCAACAAUAUUAGGUCAGAAACCGAUAUUAUCAAUGUCGUCGAGCAAAGGAUUUGGCAUUCAAUGGAGGAGGGCCAGUUCGAGAACUUACCAGGGAAGGGUAAACCGUUAAACCUGAAUAGCAAUCCUCACGCCGAUCCAGCUGAUGACACAUUGUAUAGGAUACUAUCGAGGAACAAAUGUGCACCGGAGUGGGUUGAACUCAACAAAGAAAUCAGAAUCGGAGUUGCUGAAUGGCGAUUAAGCUUGAAGAAAGCAUGGGUUCGUAAGGAAAGUGGAGAUAAUUCCAAAUGGGAUGAAAAUUCAGAUUCUUUGAAACUUCAGCUUCGCAGCAUCAAUGAUAAGGUCUUCAGGUAUAACCUAAUUGUCCCGUUUGGACGCCAGAUGUCCGGGUUUAAAUGGGAGAAAGAAAUCACUCGCCUCAAUGAAGUAGAACAACCAAGUUCAUGAACAAACAAGAAUGCUUUUGUUGCCUUCAUUUUUUACUUUCUAGAACUAUUUGCAUCACUUUUUUGUAAUCAUACAUAGAAGUAUACAACACAUAUUAAUCAUGGUUAUGUAUAAGUUAAAUUAUAGUGAGAAUCAUCAUUUAUUAUUUAUAUUAUUAUAAUUGGCAUUUUAUACAACUACAUAAGGGAAGGUAGAUGUCUGAUUGCACCGAUAAUGACCCAUCCCUCCUCAAGGCCAUUGUGAGGGUACUUAUACUUGUAACAUAAAAAGACUAAAUUACCCUCCAAAUUGUGACUUUACUUCAAUGACAGGAGAAAAGAGCUGGUUCAAAGCUGAAGAGUCGUAUUUUAUUUUUAUUAUUUCUAUUUCAUUAAUUCAAUUAUUAAAAAGUGUAAAUCGUCCUUGGAAGAGAUCGAUGACACUAAGAAAGGUAGAAAUGGAAGUAGACAAG